GGAAAGGAGGGCCGGAGGAGCCGCGGGCCUAGAGGGAAUGUGGGAGGCAGUGACAGGUUAGCCAACACACGUGGGGAGCGACACGCGGGCAGCACCUCAGGGCAGGCCGCAGUGCACCUCAGUCUGGCAGGCCCUCAGCACCUCACCAUGAAGCUACUCCUCCUAGGCUGCUACCUCCUGCUGACGGCGGCGAGGGGGCAAGGUCAGCUGGAAGGAGGACCCACACCCGCAGAUACUGACACCUCCACUGGCGGCGAAGGUAUGCAGGCUGUAGAGGGCGAGGAAGGCGGGUCCUCAACUCCAGCCCCCGACCAAACCACCAGCCUGAACACGAUUGCCACGACACAGAACGCUGCAGCCGAGGAGUCCACAGGCAGCUCCUCUACGGCGGCUCCUGAGGCGGCGACAUCCCCUCCUGACGUGAGUGAAGGGCCUGCUAUCGUAAUGGAGGGUGAAACUGACCAUCUGAAUCAUGAAAACGUUAAUGUCACGCACCCAGAGACCUCCAGUACCUCCACCUCCACAACCUCCACCUCCACUACCACCACCACCACUUCGCCCAUACAUUCAACCAACACGGCACCUCCCGAAGAGAGUACAGGAGCAGCAGAGACCUCGCAAUCUGGUGAGGCCACGAGUACACCCAAUCUGCCCUCCUCCACCACUACUGAGGGUGCAGACUCCCAGCCCUCACAGGCCACCACCACCACCACCACCACUACCACCACCGCCUCAUCCUCCUCAUCCUCCUCCACUACCCAGCCUCCACCUGCUACCUCCACUUCCACCUCCCCUGAUCGCACCACCACGACGAUAACAGACGCUCCUGCCACGCAAACCACCACCACUACCACCGAGGCGAUAGUCGGGAGCAACACCACCUCCACUACCACCCCCACCACCUCCACCACAACCACCACCACCACCAGCAGCACAUCAGAGGAGUCCACUCGUGCCCUGGAUCCUGAGGGUACCGCCACAUCGGAGCCUGAAGCAGAAACUGAGCCUCCUCUCGCUGUCUGCUUCGGGAACACGGAGAUCAACACGCUGGUGGUGGUGGCGGUGGUGGUGGCGGUCAACGUGCUGGCAGUGGUGUUGACGGCGCUGUGUGUGCACCGUAUAGUGUAUCGCCGCCUCUCCUGGGACCUGCUGCCACACUACCGCCAGAGAUCGAUCAGAGGCGGGAAUGAGGUCCGGAAGCGCAAUCCCUCGGGUCGAAAUCUUGCCUCGGACUCUGAAUGCAAGGUAGGCGAAGGAGGCGGCCAAGGGGGGACACACAUACCCAUCCUGAUCACCAACGAGGACGGCUGGUGCGUGCCCUACUCCAACGAGGCGCAGGACGGGAAGAAGAGGCAGAAGAAGGAAGCCGCCGCCACGGUAGAUACAGGAGUGUGAAAAGAAAGUUAACGGGUGAGAGAGAGAGAGAGAGAGAGAGAGAGAGAGAGAGAGAGAGAGAGAGAGAGAGAGAGAGAGAGAGAGAGAGAGAGAGAGAGAGAGUGUAUGUGUGACAGACAAACAAACACAGAUACAUCCUAGGCCACAGUAUGAACGAAGGACUUUUGUGUGUGUGUGUGUGUGUGUGUGUGUGUGUGUGUGUGUGUAGAAUUCAAAAGUCUCUAUAAGUCCUGUUCUCCCGUAGGUCAAUAUUAUUAGGAUUUGGGUCCAUAUUCUCAAACGUUUCGCUCUUGAUAUACAUUUUUUUUACAUCAGAGGAUACGGCGCAAGGGCAACACAAAGAGUAAAAAAAAAAGCUCGCUACUCGCCGCUCUAUAGAAGAUAAAAGUAAAGAGUACCUAAAAAAGAGGUCAAUUUCGGGUGGAUGAUGAUGAUGAUAAUGAUGUUAGGUUACUCUAAGAGCCAAUUUCACAGUCCAACACAGUGUCUUCGUAACAGCCCGAACCAAACUAUAGAAUCCCAUACAAUCCAAAAUGGGGAGGUCUUCGAUGCCACACUAAAUACACAAGACUUUUCCCGUAUAGUUUCAUCAAAUUUGUGAACUUAGAUAUAAACACCAGACACUAUACGAGGAAAUUUCGAAGGCUCUGGUAUUGGUUUGGGAGCUUACUAACCCGUCAUGGGGAACUGUGAAGCUGGUCCUAAGUCAUGUGUCGGAAGAGCUGAUGGCUGGCACCUCUCGAGCAUCAAUUUCGUGCACUUUCGCCUUCUCGUUAAGUACCUAUGACUAUUAGUUGUAAUAAUGUAACGCUAUAAAUGAAAGAAGUUUAUC